CCAGCAGCCGGCAGCCGGCAGACGACAAGCAACGCAGUGAAGCAACAGCGAGCCUGAUUUAUUCUCUAAUUUUACACUCAUUUUUGCAUGUUAGACGGUGCAUAACUCAGUAUCACAAUGGGAGUUAAAGACCUUUGGCAGGUUCUCGCACCUGUAUGUGAACGCAAGUCGCUGUGGGAACUCCAAGACAAGUCUGUGGCUGUCGACUUAAGUGCUUGGGUGUGUGACAGCCAAAAUAUUGUGGAGCACAGUUCACAACCAAACAUGCACCUCAGGAACUUGUUUUUUCGAACGUCAUGCUUGCUGCUACUUGGCGCAAAGCCUGUGUUUGUUUUAGAAGGAGAUGCUCCUGAUUUGAAACUGAAUGUCAUGUCUCAACGCAAUGCAGCACGAGGUUUAAAGAAGUCCACUAAAACUUCUGGCAAACGUUCCAGAUAUAAAGGCAUUCAGAAAAAAUGCCAAGAAAUGCUUAAGUGUAUGGGUGUGCACUGUGUUCAAAGUGCGGGAGAAGCAGAGGCUUUGUGUGCCAUUUUAAAUGAAAGAGGGGUGGUAGACGGUUGCAUAAGCCAAGAUAGUGACUGUUUUCUAUAUGGAGGACAAGUUGUUUUUCGUAAUUUCACAAUCAGUGCCACUUCUGGUGGAGGUGGUGGACCUGGCUUCAGUAUUGAUAUGUAUAGAAUGCAACAAGUGACAGAGCUCUUGGGCCUUAGCCGUACAAAGCUCAUUGGGUUAUCACUCCUAUGUGGAUGCGACUACAAUCAAGGUGUUUCCGGUGUGGGGAAAGAAACAGCAGUUAAGUUUCUAGCCACUUUAUCAGAUGCUGAAGUCUUUUCAAGAUUUUCAAGGUGGAGGACUGAUCCUAUCUAUGUACGCAGAGAAAAAGAACGAUCUAUGGGAGUAUGUGACAGAUGCUGUCACAUUGGCAAGAAAAAGGUUCAUGACAAGAGUGGGUGCGAGCUUUGUGGCACAGUCAGAAGUUGUCACAUCAGUAGUGAUCCUGAUUGUCUCAUCAAUCUAGAUCCUGAUGAUCAAAAAGUGAUUAUAAACGAAUUGAAUAUUCGAAAAAAGGCACUUCAAGAUGAAAGCUUUCCCUGUCAAGAUGUUAUAGACGAAUUUUGUAGUGUUGAAGCAAUGCCUUUACCAGAAAAAGUGUCAUUGGAAUGGUCCCAACCAAAUCUGAUUCAGUUCAUGAAACUGGCCGAGAAGCACUUGAGGUGGGAUGAGUGCUAUUCUCUGGAAAAGUUUCUGCCUUUAGUUACUCGGUGGUUGAUAUUGAAUAAAAGGAGUUCUGCAAAAUGUCCCAUCUAUCCAGAGGCUAUUUUGAAAACACGAGUAUUAAAAGGAGUUGCAAGUUAUGAAGUGAAGUGGACAGAUCAGGAAGGUCUGUUUGAGACUUUAGUGAGUGAAGAGUGUUCAGAUAUUUGUUUAACAAUUGAGCCAAGGGAACUCUUUGGUAAUGCAUUUCCAGCAUUAGUUACUGAAUUUAAUGCAAAGGAAGAUGCUAAAAAAUUGUCCAAGCAGAAAGGUAAAUCUAAGCCUCGAAAAGCUGCAAAAGUGUCACAAGCUCUACCAAAAUGUCCAAAAUGUGGGAAAGAUUUGCCAUCUAAAACCCAGAAAUGCAUGUGUCAUUUUGUGAAAGUGGCUCCAGCAGAGAAAGAAAAGACAUCUCCAAAAUCUCUGGAGGAACUUCUUGAUACUUUGACACUUAAUUCAGCUUCUUCCAAGAGAGAGAUGAAAGAGCCAGCUAAAACUGCUAUAAAAUCAAAAGUUGCGGGUAACAGUGAAAAAUUAAAGAAAUUACUCUCCCAAGUAUCAGAUGAGACUGAUACUGGUGCGAGUCCCACCUUGGACUGUGAAUCUGAACAACUCAACAAGACAUACGAGUCUCCAAAGUUCUCCUUUGAAGACCUUCUAGGUGAUGAGAAGUGGACUGUUGAUGAUUUUGUGGUAGAGGAAGAGGGAGACCUAUCAGACAUUGUUCAGUCCAUCACAGGCAGAGGGAGGAGUACUGAUGAAAUGAAGGCAAAAAUGAGCAAGUCCCCUGUGCCCACACAUGAUAUGGAACUUGAAAACUCCAAGGAAGAGAUGUGUAUGGAGCACACGACUGCAAUGCCAGUUUUGGCAUCUGGAGAUGUGGAUGUGGAUUCUUCAGAAGAAGAGGCACCCUACACCCCCUUAAUUGAUAGAAUACGGAAGCUUCAAGAAAAUAAAGUUCCGACAAAGAGACACAGCAUUGUUGCAGCUAUGAAAUUGCGUCGUUUUUCAGAGUCAUUUGAAGCAUUCUGCAUGGGUGACAAUGCCACUUCAUCUCCACGAGUCAGUAAUGAUGCUGAAUCAAGUAGUGGUGAUAUGAGUGGUCCAUCACCAAACACAUUCAGUUUAGGUAUAACCAACUUGUUGGAAACCUCUGAGCAGCAGUAAGAUUGUACCACACCACUAUACUCAAUAAAGCUGAAUUUCUGUGAACA